GAGUACAUGGGGGCGCGGUGACGUUACCGGCAGAGGAGGAAGAUGGCGCAUUACCGGGCUGGGGAUUCCCGAAGGGAACAAUUUCGAAGAUAUUUAGAAAAAGGUGGUGUGUUGGAUGCACUUACCAAAGUGCUGGUUGCACUCUAUGAGGAGCCAGAGAAGCCCAACAAUGCAAUGGAUUUCUUGAAACGGCAUUUAGGAACCACAGGUCCCGAGACUGCAGAUGUGGAGACACUACGACUUGAAGUGACAGAGCUGAGGCAGAAAUACGAGGCCCUGCUCGAGGAAAAUAAGGAAUUAAAAGCUAAGCUUGCACAGUUCGAACCCCCCAAAGAGGAAGGGCAACCUGAAUAAAUCGUCUAUCUGCAUUGUCAGAAGAAUGGAAGAAAGGAAUCUGAGAGACCACCUGACAAAUUGUAUUGAACUUGAAGAAUUGAUGUACACUGUGGAUGGCAGCCAGUCUUUCAGGUUACACGCACCAACUGUAUCACCACUUUUACCUGACCAUAUUCAGUGAUGUGCCCCUGUUGGUUUCUUUGAACAGAAUUUUGGUCCAAGCUCUGUGGUGGGACAAAUAAAUUAUAUUUAACUUAAUUCACCAUUAAACCCUGCCCAGGAAGUUUGAUUGAGAAAUGGCCAUCAAAUGCAAGAUGAAUUGCGUAAUUGACCAUUGACGGAACUGUUUUAAAUUUUAGACUGUAAUUUUGUCACCAGAGAAACGUUGCACACAACUAUUGUUUUGAGUAAGCAUGCAAGUUUGUUGAACACUUUUUGCAGUCUGGAGGAAAGCUGUAAUAACAGGCUAAGAUGUAUUAUUUGUGUUUUGUUUCCUGUUAGAAUGGGAAUGGGAUUAGGAGGUAAAGAAAAAGAUAAUUACUUCAAAUAAUGUUUGGCCAAUACAUUCUGUUCAGAAGCCAACAUGAACAAGUAUCACCUUUGUCCAAAUCUGAAUAUGAGUAUGCAUGUUGAAGAUUUCUUGUUCUCCAGUGGCCUGGCUGAAGGUGAUGGCUACAAAGCAGCAGUGAGUCAGGAGUGGCUUAUGAAGAACCAUAUCAGUUGUGUGAAAGAAAACAGAACUUAUUGGCUGAUUUUACAAAUCUUCCACUAUUUCUAGUUGUACAGGAGUCCAAUUUUUCCUUUUGAUAUUUACUUAAUAAAUCUUGUUUGCACAA